CUUUCCGGCCGGGCUCCCUUCUAAUUGGCCGGCUCAGAGCUUCCUCGGGGAGUCGGCCACUCGGGGUAUCGCGUUGGCCUCUCUAGCCGCUGUCCCCAGGUUUGGCCUCGCGCUUUCUGCUGCGAGCUCUCUGUGGUGCUGGCAGCGACAUGUGGCGCCUCCCGGGACUCCUGGGCCGAGCUCUUCCCCGUACACUGGGACCUAGCCUCUGGAGGGUGACUCCUAAGUCCACCAGCCCAGAUGGGCCUCAGACUACCUCCUCCACUUUGCUGGUUCCUGUGCCUCACCUUGACAGGUCGGGUCCCCAUGGCCCAGGCACAAGCGGGGGUCCAAGAUCCCAUGGAUGGAAGGAUGCCUUCCAAUGGAUGUCUUCCCGUGUCUCCCCGAACACCCUAUGGGAUGCCAUAUCUUGGGGCACUCUGGCCGUGCUGGCCCUGCAGCUGGCAAGGCAGAUCCACUUCCAGGCAUCCCUGCCAGCAGGACCUCGGCGGGUAGAACACUGCUCCUGGCACAGUCCCCUGGACCGUUUCCUCUCAUCUCCGUUGUGGCACCCAUGCUCCUCACUGCGACAACACAUCCUCCCCAGCCCUGAUGGCCCAGCUCCCAGGCACACUGGCCUCAGGGAACCCAGGCUUGGCCAGGAAGAAGCCUCAGCUCAGCCCCGGAACUUCUCACACAACUCUUUGAGAGGAGCUCGUCCUCAGGACCCCUCUGAGGAAGGUCCCGGUGAUUUUGGCUUCCUGCAUGCCAGUAGUAGCAUCGAGUCCGAGGCAAAACCAGCCCAGCCUCAGCCCACUGGUGAAAAGGAACAAGAUAAAUCAAAAACUCUUUCCCUUGAGGAGGCUGUGACUUCCAUUCAGCAGCUCUUCCAGCUCAGUGUUUCCAUCGCUUUCAACUUCCUGGGAACAGAGAACAUGAAGAGUGGCAACCACAUGGCAGCCUUUUCUUACUUCCAGAAAGCUGCAGCCCGUGGCUACAGCAAAGCGCAGUACAAUGCGGGCUUGUGUCAUGAGCAUGGCAGAGGCACCCCCAGGGACAUUAGCAAGGCGGUCCUUUAUUAUCAGUUGGCUGCCAGCCAGGGCCACAGCCUGGCUCAGUACCGCUAUGCCAGGUGCCUACUACGAGACCCAGCCUCUUCGUGGAACCCUGAGCGGCAGAGGGCAGUGUCCUUGCUGAAGCAGGCUGCAGACUCAGGCUUGAGAGAGGCCCAAGCUUUCCUCGGGGUGCUUUUCACCAAGGAGCCCUACCUGGAUGAGCAGAGAGCUGUGAAAUAUCUUUGGCUUGCAGCCAGCAAUGGGGACUCACAGAGCAGGUACCACCUUGGAAUUUGCUAUGAGAAAGGCCUUGGUGUGCAGAGGAAUCUGGGAGAGGCCUUGAGAUGUUACCAGCAGUCAGCCGCUCUGGGAAGUGAGGCCGCCCAGGAGAGGCUGCGAGCCCUCUUUUCCAUGGAGGCUGCAGCCCCGGGGCCCAGCGACCUGACAGUUACAGGACUGAAGUCUUUCUCCAGCCCAUCCCUCUGCAGCUUGAACACCCUGCUAGCAGGAACCUCACGCCUACCACACGCCUCGAGCACAGGGAACCUUGGCCUCCUCUGCAGAAGUGGGCAUCUCGGAGCCAGCCUGGAAGCCUCCAGCAGGGCUAUUCCCCCACACCCCCACCCACUGGAAAGGAGUGUUGUAAGACUAGGUUUUGGCUAAGGAAGAAGUUUCUUGCCCAAAUGCCUGGAUGUGUCUACUUGACUUUCAGAACUUCUCACCUCAGCUCUAAAGAUGGAGCCUGUGGGUUCUCAGAGAGAUAUCACAACUUGAGUCCCAAAGAAGAGGCCAGUUACCCACCCACCUUCCCCCAAACCCUAAGCACCUGCGCCAGUACAGUCAAGAAGAGGAAAGUGUGUGAAGACUCAGGUCUGGCUCUGCCACUUGCCUGGCCAUGUCACCUUGAAGCAGUGACCUGACUCCCUAUAUUGUUUCCUCAGUUGUAGACCAAAGGCAAUGGUGUCUGCCCUCCUACCUUAUAAGACAAAUGCAAGGGCAUUUCACCACAGAGAGGACCUUUGUGCUCACUUUGGCCCAGGAGGCAGUGAUGCUCAUGGUUGCAUGACUUUAUGAGUCGCUGGGCCAGAAUGAGGAUCUGGGCUUCCUGACUCCUGGCCCAGAGUUCUUGUCCAUCAGUUCCCACUGCAAUUUUAUGUGAAAGCAUUAUGACUGUCCUACCCAUGGGAGAGUAAAUGUAGAUUGAACGCUAGGAGUCUUAAAGCGUAGAUUUAAGUGUAGAUUUUGAGGUCCCCCUUUGGGAAACGUGCCAGAAAUGUCUAGGUGUUUAAUAAAACAGAUACUGGAUUAUCUCA